GGUAGCAGCGGCGUGAGGCUUGUGUUUCGCUGGUGGUUGGGGUUACGGGGGAAGGGGUGAAGGUGAAGCAGCAGCGGGCAGGCGACGGGCCUUCGCUACCGCCCCCGCGGGGUGGCCGUCUCUGGACGCCCGCUCCAGGGCCUGCUCCCGGCCUCCCUUCCGUGUGGCCCCCGGUUUCAGCGCGGCUCUUGGAAACAGCGGGUUUUCGCGCCGGGGCCAAGCCUCCUGUGUUCCCUCUUCCCCUGACAGACUUCCGUCCCUGGCCCCAGGGAGUUUCGUCUCCUCUUUCCCCAACAAAUGUUUUGGGCUCGUUUUAAAGUGCUUACAACCUGAGUACAAAAGUUGGCCACGGCUGAGGAAGUGCACUUGGGACCUGACACAAAUGCAUCAGGCGGGAGAAAGAGCCAGCUUCUCAGGUGUCUUCAGAGAAGGCCAGACGGACAGCUGUGGUCACCCAUUGAAGUGCUAACAGCAGAUUUCAUGGGCUGGAGGUGCUUGUUGAUACCUGAUCUGAGGAAACCAUUUUCCAUUCUCUUAAGAGCAUUUCUCUGGUUGUAGCUGGCUCUCGGUUCUUAGAGGGAGUGCUAGAAUUAUCCCAUCAUGCCCACUGUGGUGGUAAUGGAUGUGUCCCUUUCCAUGACCCGCCCUGUGUCUGUCGAGGGCUCUGAGGAAUACCAGCGGAAGCACCUGGCUGCCCACGGCCUGACAAUGCUGUUUGAACACAUGGCCACCAACUACAAGCUUGAAUUCACAGCACUGGUGGUGUUUUCAUCACUUUGGGAACUGAUGGUCCCCUUCACAAGAGAUUACAACACCCUACAGGAAGCGCUGAGUAACAUGGAUGAUUAUGACAAAACCUGCCUGGAGUCCGCCUUAGUUGGUGUUUGCAAUAUUGUCCAGCAAGAAUGGGGUGGAGCAAUUCCUUGCCAGGUUGUUCUGGUGACUGAUGGCUGUCUCGGCAUUGGCAGAGGGUCACUGCGACACUCCCUGGCUACUCAGAAUCAAAGAAGCGAGAGCAACAGAUUUCCACUCCCCUUUCCUUUCCCGUCUAAGUUGUAUGUCAUGUGCAUGGCAAACUUGGAGGAGCUGCAGAGCACCGAUUCCUUGGAAUGCCUUGAACGACUCAUAGACUUAAACAAUGGUGAAGGGCAAAUUUUUACUAUUGAUGGCCCCCUGUGUUUGAAAAAUGUACAGUCUAUGUUUGGGAAACUGAUCGAUCUGGCGUACACGCCUUUCCAUGCUGUUCUCAAGUGUGGCCACCUAACGGCUGACGUACAAGUCUUCCCCAGGCCAGAGCCUUUUGUUAUAGAUGAAGAAAUUGAUCCUAUCCCUAAAGUCAUUAACACAGAUUUGGAAAUCGUGGGCUUUAUUGAUAUAGCUGAUAUUUCCAGCCCCCCAGUUUUGUCCAGGCAUUUGGUCUUGCCCAUAGCACUUAACAAAGAAGGUGAUGAGGUGGGUACUGGCAUCACUGAUGACAAUGAGGAUGAAAAUUCAGCCAAUCAGAUCGCUGGCAAAAUACCCAACUUCUGUGUGCUGCUCCAUGGGAGCCUGAAAGUGGAAGGGAUGGUGGCGAUUGUACAGCUAGGUCCUGAGUGGCAUGGAAUGCUCUACUCACAAGCUGACAGCAAGAAGAAGUCAAACCUCAUGAUGUCUCUCUUCGAGCCUGGCCCAGAGCCUCUGCCAUGGCUGGGGAAGAUGGCGCAGUUGGGUCCCAUUUCAGAUGCAAAAGAGAACCCUUAUGGGGAGGAGGACAACAAGAGCCCGUUCCCCCUGCAGCCCCGAACCAAACGCAGUUACGCCCAGAAUGUGACUGUCUGGAUCAAACCCAGCGGCCUGCAGACAGAUGUACAGAAGAUCUUAAGAAAUGCAAGAAAGCUCCCUGAAAAAACACAGACAUUCUAUAAGGAGCUGAACAGGUUACGAAAGGCUGCCUUAGCCUUUGGUUUCCUGGACCUGCUUAAAGGGGUGGCUGACAUGCUGGAGAGGGAGUGCACCCUGCUGCCUGACACAGCCCACCCAGAUGCAGCAUUCCAGCUCACCCACGCUGCCCAGCAGCUCAAGCUGGCCAGCACCGGCACGUCUGAGUAUGCUGCCUAUGACCACAACAUCACACCCUUGCAUACAGACUUCUCAGGAAGCAGCACUGAACGGCUGUGACGCUGACCUCUGGAGCUUUCCUUCUUUGUUCAUUUUGUCUGAAAAUGACUGAGUUCAAACCUUUCCAGCUCAUUCAGCUCCAGGUAGCCACCAAUGACCUUGAGCUGUCUCAGAAGCAGCACUGCCGAUUUGAAUGUCGACUGCAGUCUGAGAAAGGUCUGGAGGGUGGUUGUCUAGGGCUUUUACACUAGCUGUAUGGGGCUCAGUCUUUAAUCCAAAACAGCUUUUGUUCCAUGUUGAGCACAGCUCCUGAGAAGCUUGGACAGAUGAGGACAGAGCUCUGCUGCCGCCCUCAGGAAGCCUGCCCAGCAAGGGCCUUCCUCCAUCCAGAAAACAACUUUUUACAGGUUUAUGUGUCAAUUAUAAGGACAUUCUUAAACUACUGUGCUUAGAAUGAGCAAUCCGGACAUCCAGAACCUGCCUAAGCACAAACCUGAUGCCACUGAGUUUCAGAUUUUUUAGAACUUGUUAAAAUGCAGUGACCAUGCUCAGGUGUUUCUGGUGUAUCUCAAGGUACAAAUUUUUAGACAGUAACCACAUAUGUGUAAAAUCACUCCUGUUCAUGUUUUUAAAUGAAAAUUAAAUAUUUGAUUUUCUAUAAAAUGAUUUCAUCUAGAAA